AUGACUUCAAAAGUUAAUCCCGGUGACCGGCUGUCUUAUGACGGCGCCCUAUGCACAGUCCGAUACGUCGGCGAAGUGACAGGCACAUCAGGAUCUUGGAUUGGGGUAGAAUGGGACGACGCGACCCGGGGCAAGCACGACGGCUCCCACAAAGGAACACGCUACUUCUCAUGCAAAUCCAAAUUAUCCACAGCUGCCUCUUUCGUGCGGCCAACCAGGUCUGCAGAGUCACCACGCAGUUUCGUUUCGGCGCUGCAAGACAAGUAUACCGGGGAGGUGUCGGCGGCCAGUGCGCAGAUCAAGUUCUCAGGGAAAAUCGCCGAGGAAGUUGGAUUUCACAAGAUUCAACGCAAACAGGCUAAUUUGGCCGAGUUGAAGUUUCUGAUCUUGGAUGGCACGCGCAUCGCCUAUCCCUACGACAAUGGAGAUGCGUGCAUCGCUGAUACUUGCCCCAAGGCGAUCGAACUUGAUCUCAGCCGCAACUUGUUCACCAACUUUGGGAUCGUUGUGGACAUAUGCUCUGAAUUGCUCACCGUACACAAUCUACGGCUGAACGGUAAUCGCCUUCUGAAUAUCCUUCGCCAUGAAGAUUCAGAGCGUACUGAUGUGGUAUUCAAGAAUAUUAAGGAUCUUGCAUUUGAUCAGACACUCAUGAGCUGGGAAGAGAUAUGCCAUUUAUCUUCUAAAUUUUUGUCUCUGGCAACUUUAUCCGCCGUUGAAAACCAACUGUCAUCGCUCCCGCAGGUUCCCUUGAGAAACAUCUCCUCAUCACUGCAUUCGCUCAAUCUUGAGUGGAAUGAAUUCACUUCGCUGUCGGAUAUAGCAAGUCUGGGCGAGCUGAAAGCGCUUCGCAAUCUACAUCUGAAAGGAAACAAUAUUGCAGCGAUGACUCAUGACCCUUCAGCAAAGCCUCCCGUUUUCUCACCAAGUCUGCAAUACCUGGAUAUAUCCUACAACCAGAUUCCUUCUUGGUCGUUCGUGGAUGAUCUCCCAACCGCUUUCCCAGGCCUUACUCAGCUGCGAUUCACCCAUAAUCCUAUAUACAAUAACCCAGAUCCGGAGCACUCCAUCCAGUCGAAGACGUUCACAGAGGAAGCUUACAUGAUUACUGUGGGCCGUCUGGCCAAUCUGCGAGGCCUUAACUUUGGCACCAUCUCAGCAAGUGACCGGCAAGAUGCGGAAAUGUUUUAUCUAGCACGCAUCGGCAAACAUUUGUCCGCCGUACCUGAAGACGAAGAGAGCCAGGUCAUCAAGAAGCACAAGCGUUACGCCGAGUUAGUUGAGCUCUAUGGUCUUCCUGUCAUAAACAGGCAGAAGGAGACCAAUCCGGCGUUUCUGGAGGCUCGUCUUGUCGCAGUCCAGUUCAUUUUUCAUCCUCAAAAUAGUGAAAGCACUGUUGAGAGACUUACCAAGAUCCCCAAGAGCUUUGAUAUCUACAGAGUCAAGGGCAUUGCAGGAAAACUGUUUGCACAAGAUCCACUCGGCUUACGCUUGAUUUGGGAAACAGGGGAAUGGGACCCGGUCGCCGGAUUUGACGAAGAAGUAGAAGACAGCAGCGAUGAAGAAGAUGCGGAAGAGCCUGCUCGCAACGACGCGGUCUCACAGUCCGAAUCUGGCAAAAAGGCUGGUUGGUGGGUCAAACGGGAAGUUGAACUGCAAGACGGCCCGCGGCAGCUUGGCUUCUGCGUGGAUGGAUUGGAUGCAAAAGUAAGAGUUGAGUUACGACGAAUUCAAGUGUAG